CUACAGCCAACAAGAGGAAAAACAAGAGGAAAACCCCAAGUUCACACGAGAAGAAGAGGAGAAAACCCAGCAAUGUCGGGGCGGCGCGGGCGCGGAGGCGGGGGCAGGAGGCCGACGAAGGCGGAGCAGCUGAUGCACGGCGCCAUCAACCAUUUCGGACGGAUGGGCUACGCCGAGGCCGACAUCCGCAACACUGUCAGGCAACUCAUCGAGGUCUAUGGGGAGGAUGCUUCGUCGUUCCUGAAGGAAGAUGACUACCGGGUGGUGCAGGACGCGCUGUUUGAGAAGCAGGAGCAGGAGGAGGAGCCUAAACAAAAGGAAGCAGCAAUCUCUGAGGCACCAGUAGCAAGUGGCAUGCACAAUGAGAUGCCACCUGGGGCUGAGUUAUCAGUUGAGGGAGCAGACCCUAUGCUCAUCGACCCGCGUGCUUCUGAGGCUACAAUGUCACGUCCUGCAGCUAGAGGAACUAGUAGUGCAAGGCGUCCGUGCUAUGGAUGGAUUAGCGAAUCUGAGAGUGAUUCGGACUACGAAGAAUACCUCGCCAGUCGACGACAGGAGAUGCAUGCUUCAAUUCCAGGAAGCGGCUGAGUGCGUGGAAUGUGAAAUGAAGCCCCACUUAACUGGCAGGCACAGGGCUGACUUCACUGGGUGGGUGCUGAGGUCGAGUGAAUGAAGUGUCAGAAAAACGUCUUAUAUUUUAAGAUAGAGGGAGUAUAUCUUUACCUACUAAUAAAGCAAUUAGUGCUUCUGCCGUCCGUCAUUAACAUUGUCCAUAAAGUUGAUGAAAAUUACCCACAAUUGCCACUUA